AUGAAACUCUCACCUUCAGAUAUAUUUUUGCGCACAGGACAUAGCACAGCGUCAUGCGAGGGAAUAGGGAUUAGGUUUGAGAAAAGAGAAAUUUCUGUCCCUUUGCAUCUCGCUCUCGCACAGCCACAACCGCACCAUCCCUACUCACUCCAUCACUCGUCGCCUCUCUCUCACAGUCGCUAUCUCCGGCGGUCCGGCGUCUUAAGCCUCUCGACACAGUACACACUCGCGAAGUCCGACAAAGCCUCUUCUUCGCACCUCGACCGCUCGACGCCUCACCUCCGAAGUCCGACCCAAAAGCUCCGGCCGCUCCUCGCCUUGCCUCUAAGACCCGCCUCACCUCCGAGGCUCCGACAUAAAGGUUCGACGCCCCGCCUCCGACUCGACUCCAAUUUCAGAUUUAAAAAAAAAAAAAUGUUCAAUGCUAUCAACACACAUUCAAGUUCAACACUCCCGUCGGCAGCUAUCCGCCGCCGCCAGAAGCUCGCCGUCCGCCGCCACUCAUCUCACACGCCAUAUGAACAAACGCAAAUACGCACAACCACACACAAUAUCAGGCCGGCGAUUUUUCCGUCGCCAUUGCCGCUCCUUGGUAGCCACCGCCGUGCCCACCAUCAAGGCGGACAUAAAUACCACCGCUGCAACAUAAUCAUUGACAAAGCCGUCACGGCACGACCCGACACUACCGCCGGCGGGGGGCUGAGAAAUUUCACGGCCAUUGAGUUCCUAGCCAUUUAUGGCUUCGAUCAACGAAAUAGGCUGCUGUAG